CAGAGUACUUGGUAGUGUUUGAAACUAUACAUUUGGAUUCGGAGAUAAUAUAAAUGGCAAUAAUAUUGAGAAGACAAAUUUUCUUAUAAUGGCGCCAAGAGGAGACAAUUAUUUGGAAAUUGCCCAUCAAAGGGCUGUAGAAAAGAAAACUCACGUCAGUUUUCCUCAAUUGAAAUAUCCUUCACUUAGAGAUGAAGGUUUCAAGGAUCCUAUUCAAUGGUUGACUGGAAAAGCUUUGGAUGACGGUGCCGAAGGCUUGUGGAGAGUGCAUGAUAAAAUAUAUGAUUUAGAUUCCUUCAUUUUACAUCAUCCUGGUGGAUCUGAAUGGCUCGAGUUGACAAAAGGAACUGAUAUAACAGAAGCUUUCGAAGUACAUCAUUUGAAUCCAUCAAUAUAUAAAAUUCUAGAGAAAUACUAUGUGAAACCAGCAGCGACACCAAGAAAUUCACCAUUUACCUUUAAGAAGGAUGAUUUCUAUGAUUCAUUGAAAAAAGAUGUUGUAGAAGAAUUAAAGAAAAUACCAAAAGGCGUUGGCACAAGAACAGAUCAAAUUAUAGAUGGAUUGCUAUUUACACUUCUGGUUACUUCUGUUCUAGCAUGUUACUCUAGUAAUUACUGGGUGGCCACUGUCUCUUAUUUUAUAGCGUCAUUGUCUAUGGCAUGGGCGAUGGUAGCUUCCCAUAAUUACAUUCAUAGAAAAUCCAACUGGAGAAUGUACGUCUUUAAUAUAGGCUUAUGGUCGUACAGAGACUUUAGAGUAUCUCACGCGUUAUCACAUCAUUUGUUCCCUAACACUCUUAUGGAUUUAGAGAUUAGUGGAUUCGAACCAUUGGUGCAUUGGAUCCCGAAACGCAAUGUUCCGAUACACGCCAAUUUUGCAUUUUUAAUUGAAAAUGCACUAUUUCCAUUUUUAUUCAUUUUAACAUUUAUGAAAAAGGUUAUUCUAAAUUUCAUAAGAAAGGAUUACUUUAAAGAUCAUUACCGAUGGCAUGACAUGAUUGGACUUUCUAUUCCGAUUUGGAUGUGGAUAGUUAGCGGUGUUCCUUUCGUUGAGGCUUUUAAAAUGUGGUUGUGGAUUAACUGCACUGCAAGUUAUAUAUUCUAUACGAUUGGAUCAAACGCAGCUCAUCAUCAUCCGAAAUUAUUCCACGAUGGCGAUGAACUAAGAGAGCCGAUUCGAGACUGGGGUGUACAUGAGGUGGAAGCAGUGAUAGAUCGAACAGACAUCAACGACAAUUUGUUUAAAGUGAUGACUUUCUUUGGAGACCACACCCUGCAUCAUCUAUUCCCGACUCUAGAUCAUGGAUUGUUACCAUAUUUGUAUCCCGUAUUUUUGAAAAACGUUGAGAAAUUCAAGGUCAAGUUUAGAACUACAACUCAGUUUAAUUUAUUUAUUCAACAAAUUAAGGUUACAAUGAAAAGAGAACCUAAUCUUUUGUCUGACAGUGAAUAGGAUUCAUAUAUUAAUAUUAGUAUUAGGCUUGUGGUAGAAUAUUGAUAUAUACAUAUUUUUAUUAUGGUUGUAGUUUAUUGUACGUUUUUUACAUUUCACACAUACAUUGGUUGUGACGUUUCGCAGAGAUAUCGUGUCGGAUUUAUUUCUAACCAUGUUCUUGGUUUAACAAAGAAACUAGAUCAUAAAAUGAAUAAACAUUGUUGAUUGUAUCAUAAAAUAUACUCAGGUAGUAUAUUUUUCGCAACAUCAUCUGAAAAACAUUUUUGAUAUAAAAUAUUAUGUCUAUGUCAGUUCCUCGUGAUACAAUCUAUAUACAUGCCAAAUUUCAUUAAUAUUCGGUCAGUCGUUGUUUCGUAAUGAGAUAUCAAAUAGACAAACAGACAGGAUCACUUUUCUUACAGUAGUAUAGAUUAGAAUUAAAUAAACUUAUAUUAAGUACAAAUACCUAGAAGUAAAAUUAAUCGAAUAUAAUAUCUAGCAGGUCGUUUAGAUAUUACGUUAACAAUUUGUUAACUUAUUUUCAAAUUAGUAAUUACUUAAAAAUUAAAUAAAAUAUUAAAAUAAGUACUAGUAGCAGACAAACAAACUAUAAUAUAGUGAUAUUUCCCAGUGCCAGUUUC